AAUAAUAGACGGAGGAUGGGCUUGGGUUGUGGCUGCUUGUUCUUUUUGGACCAUGCUUACCGUUACAGCUGUUCAAAGAACUUCAGGAGUGCUGUAUAUAGCAAUAAUGAAUUCAUACGAUGUAUCGAGAGAGGCAGCAGCUUGGCCAUUUUUUCUAAGAAAAACAAUUGGAAUGUUUGCAGCUACUUUGAUAGGAAUUAUUGCCUCCGAGUUUCCCAUUAGAUGCCAAAUGUUUAUUGGACUGAUAUCGGCUGUAAUAGGAAUGGGAUCUCUCUUUUUUGUAGACGAUAUACUUUAUAUUACAUUAUUAUUUGGAAUUUUAUAUGGUUUUGGCUCCGGUGUGGUUGGAAUGUGUAAUAUGAUCAAUGUCAAUAAAUUCUUUUCUCGUUAUCGGACUGUAGCUCUAGGAAUCACUUUAGCGGGCAUCUCUGCUGGAGCCUUUGCUCUACCUCCUCUGCUAGAGUUUUCUAUUAAUAAAUAUGGUCUACGAGGUUCCUACCUCAUAUUAACAGGAAUUAUAUUGGAAGGUUUCAUAGCAGCUGUAUUAUAUCGUGAUCCUCCGAGACCAAAGAAACCUAAAGUAGAGAAAAAGGAUAGAAGAACUUCUAGCAUAGCUUCGAUAGCCGAAGUAGUCCACAGAAGAUCCAUAGAAACUGCCAUGACUAUGUUCGAAACUGAAACUCCAACUAGAAAAGAGUCUAUAAGUUUGCAAAUGGAACCACCAAAUCUUCAAAAUGAUUCGACGCAAAACGAAGACUUUCAGAAUAAUUUUUGUUUAAAUUUUUUAAAGUCUUUAUUAUAUAUAUUUAAAUCGCCAAUGUUUCAUGUAAUAUGGUUGUCGUUUAUGAUUUACGAUUUUGCUUUUCAGACAUUUUUAACCGUUAUUGUUGAUCAUGGUAUCGAUUGCGGUAUCGAUGGACAUAAAGCCGUGUUCUUCCUCUCUGCUUCUUCCAUUGCCGAACUCUUUGGUCGCUUGGGUGGUGGAUGGAUCGUUGAUUUACAAUUUAUAAAACGAAAAAAUGCCAUAAGAUUUGGAUUUUCUUUUAUGGCAGGAAUUUUUAUAGGAAUACCAUUUUUAAAAAAUUACAUCGUGUUGUUGUUUCUAACCGCUGUUAUUGGUUUAAUUGGAAGUUUUAUAAACAUCAAUGCAACUGCUGUUUAUGUGGAUUACUUGGGAAUUGAUUAUCUUCCACUUGCUCUAGGAACAGGAGCAACUUUCACCGGUUUGUUAAGUCUAGUUACUCCCAGAAUUAUUGGAUACAUCCGUGAUUCUUCAGGUAGCUACAGCUUGUUAUUCUUCAGUUUUGGUGGAUUAUUAGGAAUUUCAGCUUUAUGCUGGAUAAUGGAGCCAUUAUUAAAUAAAUUUCGACCAAGAAGACCUACUUUCAAGAGAUCAGAAAGUUUAGGAACAUGAUUUUGAUAGAACAUUUUACAAAUCUUUCAUGUUAAGUCGGCAGGUCAUUAUUUUAAAUUGACAAAUGGAUCAACUAGUCAUCAUAGAAAAUGGAUAAUAAUUAGAAAUUACUACGAGUUAA